AUGGUGAUGAAGACAUCAAGAAAUCAAGACAAAAAGAUUGCACAAGUGUAUCAGGCUAAGAACAGUGGCAGAAACCAACAGGGCAAUACAGCUCAACAUCGUCGUGAUCUUGAAGUCUAUCAGACUUGGAGUAACAAAGAUCGGUGUGCGCGCUUUACCAUGUUGAGCAGCAUGCACAACGACUUGAUUAGUGAGUUUAAGCAUUGCCUGACUGCAUUUGAGAUAUGGGAAGCUCUCAAGCAAAAAUUUGGUGUCACAUCUUUGGUAAAGCUACAUCGGCUGACUAUGAAGUUUGACUCUUAUCAGAAAAAUGCGCAUCACUCUAUAAAGCAGCAUUUGAGGGUCAUGUCAGCCAUGAUACGUGAGCUUGUGGCCGUUAGGCACAAUUUGACUCAAGAGCAACAAGUACAAGCUAUGAUUUGCUCUCUGCCAAAUUCUUGGGAGCAGAUGAAGUAG